CCUGGGAAACCCUUCACUCAAGUAUAAAGCUGGAUGUGGAUGGUCUGCUAAGCGGAAAAGACUUGAGUUGGAGCAAAAGUGGCACAAUGGAGUUUUACAUAUUAGCGCUAUUUGCUCUUUUUUCCUCGUUUUACAACGUUUUGGCGCUGUCACCUAAAGGCGUAUGUCUCCUUCAAGUGGACGAGGGACCUUGCAGAGGAGAAAUUGAGCGCUAUUACUACAACACUAUCACCCAAAAGUGCGAGAUUUUCUACUAUGGAGGGUGCCAAGGGAAUGCCAAUAACUUCAAGAGUUAUCAGGAGUGCCAGAAAACAUGUUUCAGAAUCCCAAAAAUUCCCCAAAUCUGCAGGUUUCCUAAAGAGGUUGGACCCUGCCGUGCCCUCUUUCACCGCUACUUCUUCAACAUGACCACCAUGCAGUGUGAGCCCUUUUAUUACGGUGGCUGCCAGGGCAAUUUGAAUCGCUUCCAAGACCUCACCUCUUGCAAGGAGUACUGCAGUCCACGAAAAACUGUCCCUGUGCUCUGCCUGGGCCCUCUGGACAAAGGGAAGUGUUCAGCCUCCAUUCCUCGGUAUUACUACAACGCAGUCACCAAGAUGUGUGAGGAGUUUGCCUACUCAGGUUGCGGAGGCAGCAGCAACAACUUCGUCUCGAGGCAGAACUGCAUGGACGUGUGUGUUAAAGGAGGGAGAAAACACACAAGACAAGAAAAAGGUCGUCGCAUGAGACGGAAUAGAAAUAAUCUCAUCACUUUCUUGCAGGCGUAGACGUCUGACAAGUUCUCAGGGACUCUCACUUGGACAAGCCCUUAAUGGAAACUAACAUUUAAUAAAUAGACUUUUAUGCCAAAAUGUUGACCUUCUCUGUUGUUACCGUAAGAGUUUCAGUGGCACAUACACACAUUUUCACUGUAUUUGUAUUUAACGAUUUAAGAGCAAUCUCAAAUGUGAUUAUGCUGUUGAUGAAGUUUGUUACUACUACUGCACUAAUGUUCCUGAUUGUGUAUUUUGAUACUGUAUGUAUGUAAUGUAUAUUUUAUAUAAGAAGUUAUGAUACAUUAUGAUAGAUAACUUUUUUACUCGCUGUUUUAUAAUUAUAUUUUAAAUAAAAUAUAAAGUAUUGUGUCAUUUUUUUUGCACUUUUAUGCUGCUAUUCUCAGUAAAUGACUGUAUUGUGUGUUAUUUGAAUAAUUAACUAACUCAAAAUGUGUUGAUUACAACUUCUUCACCCACUGAAUUUUAUGCAUAUAACCUUCAAGAGACUUUAUUACUUUUACUGAAGCACAACAACAAAGCAGCCAAAAAAUAAACUCAACAAAAUAAAA